ACGGAUCCACACCCUUGGCCUAAAUAAAUAGGCUUACACCCUCUCUGAAUGAACUUUCAACUGACUGGGAGUAGACCAUAGACCGUAAAGGAAUACACAGGACAAGAACUUUGGACAAAAUGUGGAAUAGGAUAUUUUUUUGUGGACUGGUGGUCUGUCUCAUCUGCCUUACUGACCAGACUCAGGGCCAGAAAACACCUUUAGUUGUUCAAAGGAUAGAUUGCACACAAAUCAAAAUUCUCUCCCCCCGAGCCACCAGUGGAGUGUAUGUCAUUCAGCCUGCAGGGGUCAGAUCCCCCUUUAAGGUGUAUUGUGAGAUGCUGGCGGACGGAGGCUGGACAGUCUUUCAAAUGCGCACCGGGGCAGAGGUUCUUUUCAACAAGACGUGGGCUGAAUACGAACAAGGCUUUGGGCAUUUACAGAAAGACCACUGGCUGGGUCUGAGUAAGGUGUUUGCUCUAACCAAGGGGGGCAAGGGGCGGAGAUCGACUAUGCGGGUCGACCUGUGGGACUUUGAAAAGGGCACUGCAUUCGCUGAGUACAGUGACUUCCGUCUGGGCACGGAGAAGGAGGCCUACAAGCUGAACGUUGGAGCCUACAGGGGCAACGCAGGUGAUGCCAUCCGUGGGAAAUACGCCGGCAUUGACCAGAAUGGUUUUGGAUUCAGCACAACCGACAAGGACAAUGAUGGCUGCUCGCCCUGCAUCUUAUUUGGCGACAUUGCCGUGAACGAGUGCAGCUUCUUGGAUGGAGGAGGGUGGUGGUACAGCCGCUGUGGCUCCGCCAGCCUGAACGGUGACUGGCACCCCGCCGGCGAACACAUCGGCUGGAACUCCGGCCUCAACUGGGCGACCUGGAAAGGACCUGUCCCGUACUCGGUCCGAGCCAGCCGCAUGAUGAUCAAGUCUGUGUGGGAGAAGGUUAUUAUAGCAAACUAAAACUUGAAUCAUGAAAAAACUAUUUUUUUAACUGAAAUAAAAUAAUGAACAAGCUCGCUUGAAAAACUAAAACUAUGCUGAAACUAUUAUCUUUGUCUCCAAAAGAAACUUUUAAAAAACAAAAGAACAUCAUGAAUUAUGUUCAGUUGUAUUUAUAAUUUUGGCCAAAAAUCUAAUUGGGUUUUCAAGCCUUUUUCUAAUGGGGUUUUGACGUUUCUAAAUCUGGCGGGUAAAUGCUGCCAGGAGAUUGCGAUGUCUCAGAUAGGCCUAGCUUGUGCAACACUAUCAAAAGCUAACAGAGAAAAAGCCACACAUUUCUGUCCCUAACACUAAAACUUAAGCUGAAAAUAAAUUAUAUAAAAACGAAAUAGCAAUGUUUUUAUAAAACUCAAACUAAAUAAAAACUAGUAAAUCAGGUCUGAAAACUAUCUGAAACUAACUGAAGCUAAUGCCAUGGCAAGCAAGGUAGGAAUUAAGCUAGCUAGCCUGUUACGCUCGCGACGACGCUAACCGUUUAGCUAUCUAGCUAACGUCAGCAAGCUAAAUACAGUACAUGCUCUGAGUCUGGUUGGCACUGGCAGAAGUAUGGGGUAACUUUAGUUAUAGCAUGGUGAGAGUGAAUUCAAUUCUUCUAAAUCUUGCUAGCUAGCUAGCUAUAUUAGCGAAGCCAGCUGCAGUCACAUAUUGGCUACCUAGCAACAUGAAAUCAUUUCUAUUUUCUGGAGGCAUUGGAAACGCAAUUUGAGCUAGCCCACAAAGGCCAGCCCAACCUGGGUUGACCUCAAAGUGCCAGUUAGCUUGGGUGCUUGACUGCCUUUACGAACGGACAAUCUGACAACGCUCUAAAUUUAAGAACGCCCAGAGCGCACUCUGGCACUCCAGAGUGAAUUUACGAACACACUAUAAAGCCACAAUGGUCAGGCUAAUGUUUUCAGUGAAGACAAAAUACUCUGUGGAAGUUUUAUUUGUUACAUUGCAACAAUUCUACAUAUCUAACUUGUGAACAGUUUCAUUACAUAGUUUGACAUAAUUUAUAAUCUAGAAUGUUGAUAUUGCAUGCAUUUGUUUAGCACACACUUAGCCCAUAUUCAAUCAAACUCAGGCACCAUUCUUUUUUAACUGUUAACAUGCUAGGAAUCAUGCUUUCAAUGGUCUGUGUUUAUGGUGAAAUAAUAGUUGUACUUAUAGAAUAUUAAAUCAUUCAUGGUUUCUCAUC